GACUCUACCUUUGACAUUGUCCGUGCUGGGCUUCCGUAGCGGGAAAGGCUCUUUAACAGUUCCUGCUGUCGAAAACCAUUUGAUCAGCUGACUGAAUGACUGGUGGGUUGGUGUGUGCGGGGGGCGCGUAGUGCAAGGAAGGAGACAUGGAUGAGGAGGAAGAGGCGGCAGCUCCCGCGGAGGAGCCGCCGCUGCCCCAGCUGAGCGGAGACAGCAGCGGCAACGUCUCGCAGAGUCACAGCAGCACCUCGGGCAUUGGGGACGAAGAAGCGUCGGAAGGCGAUCUCCUCGGAGGGGAGCUUCUGCUGGCAACCGCCGCGGCCGACUACGCCGCCUACCUGCUGCCGUCGCCGCUGCUGCGUGGAGUCGCCUCAGCCGGGCAGAUUGAAACAUUAGACAAGAGUCUGGAAGAUUUACUGACCAGGGUAGAUGAGUUUGUGGGGAUGCUGGACAUGAUUCGAAGUGAUUCCUCUCAAGUAGUCAACGAAAGUGUGCCACAUAUUCACUCAAAAGCUAUGGAAAUGAGGAGGCUAUAUAGAAAGAUCGAUAAACUGGAAGCUUUUGUCAGAAUGGUUGGAAAUAGUGUGGCUGGGAUGGAGGAGCAGAUUACAAAGGCAGAAGCAGACCUUGGAACUUUUCCAAAUACUUUCAAAAAACUUUUACACACAAUCAAUGUGCCAUCUUUUCUUAAUAUUUGAAUUGCAGAAAUCGUCUUCCUCAAGGCAGACUCAUUCUCUUUAUGAACCUCCUGAUCUCUUCAAGACUGAAGACUACUUUCCCUGUCUUGGUGAAGCACAGUAUAUGUGAUUUUAGUUACAUUAUUUAAAAGAUAAUUGUAAGUGAGCAAGAUGCAUGCUUGUCUUAAGAUUGUUGCACUUCUUUGAAAACAGUGGCUUGCUGCCGUCCUAAUUGUAUGCCACAGUCUAUCGUCAUACUUAUUUAUGCCAUCUUUGUUUUGAGCAAAAUAUAGUGGUCUGACAUCCUGACAAACUGAAUUGUUAGUGCUUCAUAAGGAGCACUGCCACUUCUGUACUGCAGACUUUGGCACUCCACUGGUCAUGUGGGGAGUGACUUUUGCCAAUCUCCCCCACCUCCAGAAGUGGGUCCUUGAGGGAUGCUUGACGCUCAGGAACAAACUUCAAAGUCAUAGGUAGUGUUUGCAGGGGAGAUUGGUGAAAAUCGCCCCUCCCCCUACACAAUUGUGCAUGCUGUCUUAUUGUGUAAGGCAGCAGUAGUGCAUGCACAGUACCACUGUUUCAUAAAGCAGGAUGUCAGCCACUGUUCUUCCAGUCUUCCUAAAGUGUAACCUGUAUACCUGUGACUGGGAUACUAACCAAUAAAGCCACUUUGAGUGGUAGAAAGAGGGUGGGGCAGGAACUAGUCCUUUUUCUCCCAUUCUGUAUGAAAUGUUUGAGGUUGGGGAGGGAAGAAGGGAAGAGACUGAAGGAUACAUGGGGAAGAUAACUAUUUUCCUUAUACAACCCUAUCCACCCCCCACCCUUUUUAACCAUUCAGAAUUAGAAAUUGGCAGGGAAUGCAAGAGGGAAGAAGCAGAAGAGCGCAUGGGGAACAGCUUGUACAACCUUCCCCUCCCCUUUGCUUGCUACAAACUCAUGUGCCUUUCCAAUGUGAAAAAUCUGGAAGAGGCAGGAGAAAAAAGCAAGCUUUCCCCCUUAAACCCCUCUCAUCCUUGAGGCAGAAAAGGCUCAAAGUUGAGGGGCAGGGACAGAAGAGUGCAAGUAAUAGCAUUAAUUUUUGUACACUCAUCUCUCUCCCCAUUCUCAGAGUAGUCAGAGAGGGUUGGCCUUUUGGUCCCAGUUGUCCAAUCAUAUUACAAACGUUCUUGGUUAAUCUUAUUGGGAAGUUGGAACAAUGAAGGGCCAUCUACAAACUACAAUAGUUUGCAUAGGAAAAACAGAGGAAGUGUACACUUCUGUUUCUUGUGUUGCUGCUGCUAGUAUUAACCCACAUACCACAAAGAUGGUUUAAAAAAUAGUUCUGUGUUAAUGUAAGUGCAAUAAGGACCCAAACUAUGCAUUUCAUGUCCUUAAUGAAUGUGUCUGGAUUGUGCUCAACUUUGGAGAUGUACUGUGUUUGAUGAGAGGAGGAAAAGCUCCAUUGUGCUUUGAACUGCUACAUAAAGGAAACCAGCAAUAUGUCCUGACUGCUGUAACAUUUUAGAGGCAAACAUCUCUGACAAAGUCCUUUUUGAUGAACAUCAUAAAACUUUUGUAUAUAAUGCCAAAAGUGUGACGACCAAAGCUCUUGUAACUUAAAAUGUAAUUAAAAGUGUAAAUAAUUAAGA